UCGUCGCGUCCAAUUUACAUACCACUCCUGUGCAAUUUCUUUUUUCGGUUGCUUGGAGAAAAGAAAAGGAAGUAAAGGUAACGGAAAAGAGAAAGAUAAUGUCUGGACCUCAGUGCUGUGCAAACCCACCAACAUUAAACCCAGCGAGCGGAGCUGGCCAUGUCGAGAAAGUGGGUGGCUUCAAUUCCUAUGUCACUGGCUCUCCUGACUCCAAGCUUGCCAUUCUUCUUAUUUCUGAUAUUUAUGGAUAUGAAGCUCCAAACUUGAGGAAGCUUGCUGACAAGAUUGCGGCUGCUGGAUUCUAUGUUGUAGUUCCUGACUUCUUCUAUGGAGACCCAUACUCCCCUGACAAUGCUGAGAGACCCAUACAAGUUUGGUUGAAGGAUCAUGAAGCGGAUAAGGGAUUUGAAGAUGCAAAACCUGUGGUUCAGGCUCUAAAGAGUAAAGGUGUAACAGCAAUUGGAGCUGCCGGUUUCUGUUGGGGUGCCAAGGUGGUGGUUCAACUAGCAAAACGUGAGUUUAUCCAAGCUGCUGUGUUGCUGCAUCCUUCGUUUAUAACUGUGGAUGAUAUCAAGGGGGUUGAGGUCCCUAUUGCAAUACUAGGAGCCGAGAUCGACCACCUUUCCCCUCCAGCACUUGUGAAACAGUUUGAAGAGGUCCUAACUGCUAAACCUGAGGUUGAUUGCCAUGUGAAGAUAUUUCCCAAGGUUGCUCAUGGAUGGACAGUGAGGUAUAAUGUAGAAGAUGCAAAUGCGGUGAAAGCCGCUGAGGAAGCCCAUGGAAACUUGCUGGACUGGUUCACCAAGCAUGUUAAGUGAACAAUUGGUGAGAUGACAAAGAUUAUGCCAUAUUAUGUAGAACUUCUUGGCUUUGCUUAUCUUGGGUGGUUGAAAAGUGUGAUGAGGCAUGUUAAACCUCGAAUAAUAAUACGCAUUGUUGUGUUUAAUAACAGCCUUGUAUGGAUGCGUAACUUGAUAUUGAUGCAUACAUAAGACCUACUACUUCAACCGAAUCAUACAUGAUUGGCUUAAUAUUUAUAAAUUACAAGUUCGUUUCCAA